AUGUACACAAGCGGAGAAGAUGUUUUGGACUUUCGACUGAAUUUUACAGUGACGAAGAAAAAACGCGCGGGAUUCCUGAAUAUGUCGACGUAUAAUCAAGAGACUGUGAUCCUUGACAAUGUAAGAGGACGGUUGGAGUCGGGGACAUUGACAGCUAUAUUGGGUGCAAGUGGCUGUGGCAAAACAACAUUACUUGCGGCACUUUCUCAAAGAUUACGAGGCGGCACAUUAUCAGGUCAAAUACGAUUCAAUGGAGAAGUCAUUGAUAGAACAAGGAUGACGAAAAUGUCGGGAUUUCUUCCACAAAGUGACGUAAUUCUCGAUGGUAUAACAGUUCGUGAACAUUUUUACUUUAUGAUUGAAUUUAAACUUCCAAACAUAACGAGGAUGGAAAAGCAGCAUCUUAUACAAAAAUCAUUAAGAAAAUUCAGCCUUAAUGGUGAUACAAAGCUGAUAAAUUUAUCCGGUGGCGAAAAGAGACGACUGAGUUUGGCAACCGAACUCCUUACAAAACCGCAAGUUCUCUUUAUUGAUGAAUGUACGAGUGGCUUAGACAGCUUCAGUGCCUUAUCCGUUAUACAUACGUUACGUGAUCUUGCAGGAUUCCACAAUGAAUUAAAAUUAUCAUCUCCAUCCACCUCGCGAAUCGUUUUGCUUUCAAUUCAUCAACCUACUUCCGAUAUUUUUCAUCUUUUUACCAACAUCAUUCUCAUGAAUGCCGGAAGAGUCGUCUUUCACGGAACUGCUGAUGAAGCUAAGACAUUAUUUGAUAGUAUGAAUAAAAUAUGUCCAACACGAUACAAUCCCGCAGAGUUUUAUGUCAAUACAAUCUCCGAUCCGAGACAAUGCUUAGAGAUUGUCAAUUAUGUGACAUCAAAGAAGAAAGAAAAGAUUUAUGAGGACUAUGAAGAAGAGUUUGAUGAGUUUUGCACGUCAUCGUCUUCCGAAAUGAGCUUAGAUAAUGAAAAGGAUGAAAGAUUGUCUUGGCUUUGUCAAUGCAAAGUCAUAGCUCAUCGAUCUAUUCUGAAUUUUGUCAGAUAUCCAAAUCAUUAUUUAAUUGAGUUGCUGAUAUUGUUUAUAUUUUCGUUGGUGAUAAUGAGUGUCUAUUCAAACAUCUCACUUGAUUCGGAAUCAUCAGUUCAGGAUAUUAAGGGAUUUUUAAUUAUCCUCGCAACAGAGAUUCUCUUCACAUUUGUUUAUGCUGUUUUUACAUUAGUUUACGUUGAGCUGCCACUGCUGAGAAAAGAGACUGGAAAUCGAUUAUACUCAUUGUCAGCAUAUUAUGUCACUAUCGUGCUUUUAAUGAUUCCUCGUAUCAUUACCGAGACAUUUAUGUAUGCGGCGAUUAUUUAUUUUGCAACAGAUAUCGGAAGUGACUUCAUGAUAUUCUUAAGCAUUGCAUUUUCAAUUAUGUUGGCUGGUCUUUGUUCAAUGGCUUAUGGAUUCUUCUUGUCGGGAAUCUUUUCAUCCUUUUUUGUUGGAAUUGAGCUGUCAGGAAUUGUCGAUUUGGUGCUUCUUCUAGUAUCCGGAAUGUAUACAAACGUUAAGUUUGUUCCAUUGCUUAAAUACAUAUCCUUCUUCUUCUACGCUAAUGAGACUGUAUCGAUAAUAUUCUGGUCACAAGUUGACAAGCUCAAGUGCCAUCCAAAUCCAGAGAUACAAUGCUUUGCAAAUGGAACAGAAGUGCUGGAGAGUAUGGGAUUUGGGACAACAGAAUUUGAUAUUUAUAAGGAUUAUUUGUAUCAAUUUAUUCUGACUGUAGUUUUACAUGUUUUUGCGUUUUUGGGUGUGAGGAGGAAUGUCAGGAGAAGUGGAUUUUAUUGA